AUGAAACACGACAUCCGGCGUAUUGUCGCCCUUGAGAUCCGUGAUCGGGGUACGCACUCCAUCAUAAGUCGAAUCAUGGGGGAACGCAAUGGCGAUGACGAAAUCGCAGAUCCAGACAUACGGGAGAUGGUGCGGGAUCACAGCGAAAAGUCAAGAGUAAGAGGAAGGAUGGUAUUGGACGAGCUGGACGAGGCUAGGGGCGCGGCAAGCAACCAUUCGCGCCACGACGUCGACGGGCUGUCGGAUGAAGACCUCGAACGCGUCACGAUACGGCUGCAGACCCAGAGCGACGGGACCCAGGGCGGCAAGGACGGCAGUGCAUUGGUCUUCACCCCAGAGGACGAGCAGAAAUUCAGCCGCUACAAACAUCACCAAUAUGUCCGCCGCUGGGGACUCUUCUCCACAGCCGACGGGAUCGACGAGGAGUGGUUUAUCCCGAGUCCUCCUGUUCUGCCCGAAGACGACCCGGAAUAUCUGUGCGAUAUGUGCAGACACAUUGACUUCAACGCUCUUUUCACCAAACGUGGCCUGGUUGGAAAUAUCCAACCUGGACCGACCCGGAUCGCACUGCAUGCACUGGCCAAGGUUCUGAGGAACCAACACUGCUCAUUCUGCAGCCUCAUUCGGAAAAAGAUCGCCCAGGACAAACUUUUGCCCGAUGAGCCCAUCGAGAGAUUUGAGGGGGAGACAAUCCACCUGAACGUCAUCGACGAUGGGCCUGCCUGCUCUCUCAAACUCGAGGUCGAGCUCGAAAGCUACGUCAGGGGCAAGGCCAACUCUAGGAUUAUCCUGCAGAAAUUUGCUGGUGCCACUGCAGAGCCCCUGCAAGGCCUCCGUGUCUGUCAAGAAAAGGCUGAUUUGGACCGUUUAAGAGGGUGGCUCCGUGCAUGUGAGGAGACUCAGAGUUCGCCUUAUGAGCAUCAGGACAGCAUAAUGCUGGUCAGUCUACGGGUUGUCGACACGGUCGAGAACCGGAUCUGUGAGAUUGAUGCACACAGCCGCUAUGCUUGCUUGUCGUAUGUUUGGGGCAAAGGGAGCCAAACGCAAUAUACGGCAGCCACGAAAUCGAUUUUGGAAGCACCGCAGGGUUUGAUGGCGGAAUCUGUUAGACUGCCACAGACUAUCCUGGAUGCCAUGGAGGUCACACGCCAGAUUGGCCUUCGGUACCUCUGGAUUGACGCCCUUUGCAUCCUGCAGGACAGCCAGGAGGAUAAGGCCAAGGUCAUAUCCCAGAUGCAUGGCAUUUACAGCAAUGCGACCUUGACAAUCGUCGCUUCCACCAACGCAGGCCCUUCGGAUGGCCUUGCUGGCGUCGGCCCGGUCCCUCGGCCUCAACCGCAGAUAUCGGAGAAGCUUCAGGGCAUCACCGUCGGAGUAGCAUUCCACGACGCUCGGAAACCCCAUGUUGAAAUUGAGAACUCGGUGUGGAACUCACGAGCGUGGACUUUUCAAGAACGCCUUGUCUCUCGGCGCCUUGUAUACUUUACAGAGUCGCAGAUGACCUUCGCCUGUCCCCACGCGGCGACACGCUUUGAAGAUACUGUUUCUGUUCCUAAUAUCGGGUACAGGCCUACACCGAUCAACGAUCAGACGAAAUACACAUCCCGCGCGAACGACUUGCUGCUGCACGUUUGGUGCGAUCCGACACAGGCUGCAUAUCCAAACAAGGCCUUCGUAACCGACUACGGCACUGUGGUGUGGCAAGCAGCAGAUCCUGAUAAUCCAGAUGGCGUCUCGGCCGCGGAUCCCCCGAUCUACCAAACGGGCGAGGCACCGUCUACUAGCUCAACGGGGGUUCUCCAGCUUGAAGGCCAUACACUCUGGGAUGUCUAUCGGCAGGUAGUCAGCGACUACACGAAGCGCAAGAUGACGUGGGCCUCUGAUGCAGUCAACGCCUUCACAGCUAUUGGGGAGUUGAUCCGGCGCGGCACAAACACCAAGUACUGGCACGGCAUCCCCGAGUUUGCCUUUGACCAGGCGCUCUUGUGGCUGCCGCGGGAACCCUUGAAGAGGCGAAAGAACGGCGACGUGCCGCUCUUCCCAAGCUGGGCCUGGUGCGCUUGGGAAGGCCACAGCUCGUAUCGCGGUCGGGGAUUCUACAACUCCUUGGCUCGGCCACCUGUCCCUGUUGUCAAGUGGUUGGAACCGCUUGACAAGGAAGCCGAGAUUGAGAGGAUUCGAUCGGGUGAGGGGGCAACGCCGGAGCAGAUCGAGGCCGCGAUUCGCUACAUCAACAGCAAUCUGCUCCUUUCAGUCCGCGAUCCUUAUGCUCUCUGGCAUAUCUACGACAGAGAUGAAGGCUGGGAACACCAGCGCGAUGAGGCCAAAAACGAGCACUUCUACACCAAUGCGGCCUACCCACACAUUCGGUUCAGCUAUCCCAUAUCGCUUCCCGGCGAAGAAGUUUCUGAGCGUCCCAUAGAUAACAGCCUGCUGGCAUUCCAGGCCCGGAGCGCACAGGUCCGCUUCCGCGAUAUCAUCACCGAAGGCCACGUGGCAGAAGCCUUCCAGCAUGACUACCUACAAAUCGGCCUCAACGACGAGAAGCGCUCGGCCAACUUUCGACCCACCUGGCAACGCAUCAUUUAUCAUCAAGGCUACCGCGCCGGGUUUUUGAGCCUGAACGUGCCGUUCGAAGAGAUCGAACUCGACUCCGACGACAGCUAUCACCUAGUUGCCAUGUCUAGGGACAGCCUGCCCGGAAUUGCCCCGCCCACCGAGGGCUGGGAUGUCUACUGGCAGGUUGAACCUCGGAUGCUGCAGUACCAUCUCUUCAGAGAGGAGUGGGGCGGCAAGCCCCUCGAGGUGCCGCCGCCGAACACAAAUGUGACACCGGACACGGGGCCGUGCAGCGAGAAUGGGAAUCCGUUUUGGGACACGGAUCGGUUUGGUGAGGUGGGAAAGAUUGAUGUCUACAAUGUCCUGCUGCUGAGGGAAAGGGGUGUGCCAAGCCGGCAUGAACGGAUCGGGGUUGGGAAGAUGAGCUUUCGCGCUUUUCAUCAUGCCCAGCCGAAGGUCAGAUAUAUCAUCAUGGACUAG